AAGAACUCAGUUAAAAAGCAGAACGACAACUUACUCAGUCCCAUUUCUCAGAGCACACAUACACACACACACAUAUACAUACAUACACCGAUACACGCACUCAUUUAUACAUACAAGAGAGAGAGAGAGAGUGAGAGAGACGGGUUCUUGAGAUUAGCGAGCUUAAAGAAGAGAUCUUGGAGAAAAGAAAAAAAAAAUCAGGAGGAGUAAUAGCAAAGGCGGCUGGGAUUUAAGUCACCCCUUUAAUUGUGGGGUUGGUUGCCCAAUAUUAAUGGCAGUCAUAUCAAUUCACUAAUAUAAUGUGGGUGAAAUAGCAAAUACUAUUUACAACAAGGACCAAUAGAGAAAAAAAAAAACAAGAACCCAUCUUCUUAAUUUGUUCGUAAUCGCUCUCUGCAGUCUUGCCCCGGUUCGGCUCGAUAAUCGAGGCAUUAUUUACUUUUAUUUUUUUAAAUUUUGUUUUCUGGGGUUGGGUUUUGUUUUGUUGUGUUGUGGUUGUAUUGGUGUUUGGUGGACCAAAUAUGAGUAUAUUCUUGUUACAGAGGAAGUGAGAGAGUGAUGGGGUUAAAGUAAAGAUUCAAUCUUUUGUCCUAUUUAUUUAUUUACCAGAAAAAAAAAAUUAGUUUCUUGGCAGUUGGAUGUAAGUAUAGUGUAAGUACUAAAAGAGUAACAGUUGAGAAUUUGGGUUUUUUUUUUAUUUUUUUUUAUUUUUGGGAAAGAUGAAGUUCAUGAAGUUGGGCUCAAAGCCUGAUGCUUUUCAAACUGAUGGCAACUCUGUGAGGUACAUAUCCUCUGAAUUGGCAACCGAUGUUAUCGUAAAUGUUGGCGAUGUGAAGUUUCAUCUCCAUAAGUUUCCACUCUUGUCCAAGAGCAACAAACUACAAAAAAUCGUAUCAAAAUCCAACGGCGAAACCCCCGAAGAGCUCUCAUUGGCCGAUUUCCCAGGUGGGCCCAAAGCAUUCGAAAUAUGUGCGAAAUUCUGUUACGGCAUAACAGUAACUCUCAAUCCAUACAACGUAGUCGCUGCACGCUGCGCCGCAGAGUAUCUCGAAAUGACCGAAGAAAUCGAGAGAGGAAACCUCGUUCUAAAAAUCGAGAUAUUCCUCAACUCAAGCAUCUUACGAAACUGGAAAGAUUCCAUCAUCGUACUGCAAACCGCAAAAUCCCUUCUUCCGUGGUCAGAAAAUCUCAAGAUCGUCGGCCGAUGCAUCGAUUCCAUCGCAUCGAAAACCUCGGUGGACCCCACUUUGAUCACGUGGUCCUACACUUACAACAGAAAGCUGGCAUCGUUGGACAAGAAUAUUCUUCCGAACGGUGUAAAAUGUCCUAAAGAUUGGUGGGUCGAAGACAUAUGCGAGCUGGAUAUCGAUCUGUACAAGAGAGUUAUGGUGGCGAUAAAAUCGAAAGGCCGAAUGGAUGGUGCUGUAAUUGGCGAGGCGCUAAAAACUUACGCAGUAAGAUGGCUGCCCGAUUCUGUGGUCGCGUUGUUGUCUGAAGUUCAUGUAUUAAGGAACAAGUGUUUGGUGGAGACUAUAAUUUGUUUAUUGCCUUCAGACAAGGGUAUAAGCUGCGCGUGUAGUUUCUUGCUAAAGCUGCUUAAAGUUGCAAUUUUUAUCGGAGCCGACGAUUCUUCGAGGGAAGAUUUGAUCCGGAGUAUCGGUUUGAAACUUGACGAAGCUUCUGUUGAUGAUCUUUUGAUUCCAGCUAGGCCUCCCCAGGUGGGUAUUUACGAUAUUGACCUUGUGCAGCUACUCCUGGAUCGGUUUGUGGAGAAUGAAAAGAGUGGCGUGGAUUUGAAAAUUUCGGACAAGAAUUGUAAGAAUGAUGGCGACUUUGUUUUAGGAAGUGGGCCGUGGAUGAAAGUAGGGAAAGUUAUCGAUGGGUAUCUUGCAGCUAUUGCGAAUGAUCCGAAUUUAUCGAGCUCGAGUUUUAUUAAAUUGUCACAGUCGAUUCCCGAUUCUGCUAGGCCUAUUCAUGAUGGAUUGUACACUGCCAUUGACGUUUAUUUGAAGGAGCAUAAAAGUAUAACGAAAUCGGAGAAGAAAAGCCUGUGCGGGCUGAUCGACGUGAAGAAACUGACAACAGAUGCAUGCAUGCAUGCAGCACAAAACGAGCAUCUACCACUUCGUAUGGUGGUUCAAGUUCUAUUCUUCGAGCAGGUAAAAGCAGCAGCAGCUGGGACUCAUCAAACCCUAAAAAACGAUAAUGACGUGGCGGUCCCUUCUAGAAACAGCGAGGCAAACUGGGGGAAAACGGUUCCAGAGAAUCGUAAAUCAUUGAGGAAACAAAUGGAUGAAAUGAAGAUAAAAGAAGAUGAAAAAAUCGGAAAGCUUUCGAAGAGAGGUCAUAAAAACAGAGGAUCCGGGCCCCAGUUGUUGCCUUCUCGUUCUAGGAGAAUUUUCGACAAGUUGUGGAUUGUGGGAAAAGGGUUUGGAAUAAACGGAGAGAACAAAAGCUCGGAAACUUCCGGAAGCUCGCAGAGCCCUUCUUCGAUGUUCCGAGGGGAGAUAAAGUCGUCAGGUUCAUCUUCUAGAAACAGGAGGCACUCGAUUUCGUAAGUGUAAAGUGGGGGGAAGUAGGGUUUUCAUUGGCAGUAGAUUUGAGGGUUUGGUCUGCACAGUCAAGAAAAUGUUUUUUUUUUAUGUUGUAGAGAAGUGUUUUUAUUUGUUAUUAGCAUUUGAUUUUCCUGGAUACUAAUUAAUUAUCUUAUCUUAUCUUAUAUUUCUAAUGUUGUUUCAUCUCAAAUUGUAUUAUUAGUUAUUGUAUUGACUCUUCACUCUUGUGAAAUUGUAUGAGAAAUACUAGCAAAUUAAUUAACUUUAUUUA